GUAGAAAUGGAUAUUGUUGAAAAACUGGUAAAAAUGAUACCUUGUGAGCAUGAGGAUCUACUGAAUAUCACGCUCCGACUUUUACUAAAUCUGUCCUUCGACACAGGACUGAGGAAUAAGAUGGUACAAGUUGGACUGCUUCCCAAACUCACUGCACUCCUAGGCAAUGAAAACUGCAAACAAAUAGCAAUGUGUGUUCUUUACCACAUAAGCAUGGAUGACCGCUUCAAAUCAAUGUUUGCAUACACUGACUGUAUACCACAGUUGAUGAAGAUGCUCUUUGAAUGUUCGGAUGAACGAAUUGACUUCGAACUCAUUUCUUUCUGCGUUAAUCUUGCUGCUAACAAGAGGAAUGUACAGCUUAUCUGUGAAGGAAAUGGGCUGAAGAUGCUAAUGAAGAGGGCUCUGAAGUUCAAGGAUCCAUUGCUAAUGAAAAUGAUUAGAAACAUUUCCCAGCAUGAUGGACCAACUAAAAAUUUGUUUAUUGAUUAUGUUGGGGACCUUGCAGCCCAGAUCUCUAAUGAUGAAGAGGAGGAGUUUGUGAUUGAAUGUUUGGGAACUCUUGCAAAUUUGACCAUUCCAGAUUUAGACUGGGAAUUGGUUCUUAAGGAGUACAAGUUGGCUCCAUACCUCAAGGAUAAACUAAAACCAGGCGCUGCAGAAGAUGACCUUGUUUUAGAAGUGGUUAUAAUGAUUGGAACUGUAUCUAUGGAUGACUCUUGUGCUGCAUUGCUAGCCAAAUCUGGGAUAAUCCCUGCACUCAUUGAAUUGCUAAAUGCUCAACAAGAAGAUGAUGAAUUUGUGUGUCAGAUAAUUUAUGUCUUCUACCAGAUGGUUUUCCACCAAGCCACAAGAGAUGUAAUAAUCAAGGAAACUCGUAUCCUUUCAGUGUUUAUAACAGAUAAUGACUUUUCACAUAUUUGGAAAAGACACAUCUUUUUUUUCCUUGCAAAUGUUGAAAUAAUGUUGAAAACGCCAAGCUUUGAAAUAAAUUUAGAAGACAAGCUACUUUCCAUGGAAGCUGUUGGCCCCAAAUCAGAAUAUGAUGAAGAAUGGGCUAAGAAAAUUCAGAGUGAAAAGUUUCGCUGGCAUAACUCUCAAUGGCUAGAGAUGGUAGAGAGUCGACAGAUGGAUGAGAGUGAGCAGUACUUGUAUGGUGAUGAUCGAAUUGAGCCAUACAUCCAUGAGGGAGAUAUUCUUGAAAGACCUGAUCUUUUCUACAGUUCAGAUGGAUUAAUUGCCUCUGAAGGAGCCAUAAGUCCAGAUUUCUUUAAUGAUUAUCACCUUCAAAACGGAGAUGUAGUUGGGCAGCAUUCAUUUCCUGGAAGCCUUGGAAUGGAUGGCUUUGGCCAACCAGUUGGCAUUCUUGGACGCCCUGCCACAGCUUAUGGAUUCCGCCCAGAUGAACCUUACUACUAUGGUUACGGAUCACGAUAAAGUCAUCCCUUUCCAAGUGUACUCUCAGCUUAGAAGAAGAGAUCUGAGUGGGUUGGGUUAACUUUGAAUCGUGGCCUAAUAAUGCAUGUUGACACUAUUGUGGGUCUGUGUUUUUUAUGUUUCCAUGUUGUUAGCUGUAGAUUAACUCCAACCCCUUCUGUCUUCUGUUAAGUACAGUUGAUGGUGACACUGUUCAUUCAUCAAACCACAUCUUGAUGCUAAAUAACAUUUCCAGUGAUACUCAAAAGUGAAUGUUGAAAAGCUACUAGACUGAAAAACAAACACUAUGUUAUGUACAUUGACUAAUUUAAUUUCUUUUAAAAAGAAACAGUGCAAAUGAAUGAAAGUCACGUGUUUGUAUUUAAUGCGCUUCAUUAGGAGUUACAUGCUUAUAAAGGGUGCACGUGAAUUUUA